AUGCCUUCCGAACCAAGUACACCGACUUUUAAAGUUUACACCUCCACACACCCGUUUUUAAGUCAACCAAUACAUUUCCAAAUAACGACUUUCGAUGAAUCUGCCUUUAUAUGGAUUGGUGCUGAAGGAAAUGAAGUUUUGGGAAAUUUGGCGGUUGCAAUGCCACCACCUCGGAUCUCGAAUAGUAAUGGUGGUGUCAAUUUACCCUCGGCAACUACUAUAAUGACCAAGGAUAUAGAUGAAAGUUCAAAACAACUCGGAUACAGACUUUCGUCUAAAUUCAAUAAACAGUUUUUUGUGAGCCUUAAUUUACCGCCAAACGCAGAUCAAAUGAUGGUUUCGUUUGCCGAAAAAAAGGUUCUAUCUAUGAUUAAGGAUAUUUACUCUUAG